AUGAAAAUUUUAACAUCUUAUCAUCAACUUCGCAACUUUAAAGAAAGUCCAGAUGGAAGUUCUGAUUCUGAACUAUCGGACGAUGAUGAACCUAAUUCACCAUCUAAAGAAACCUUGGUUGCAGAAUCUGAUAGAUAUAGCGAUUGUUCAGCUGAUGGAAAUGAUUUGCUAGUAAUCCCUUCUUCAGAUGAAGAAAUAUUUUCUGAGGAUGCAGAUAAUAUACCUUUGGCAGUAAGAAUUGAACGUUUAAAUAAAAAAAAAAAAAAUCUAUAA